UUGAUAAAUAUCUCUCUCUCUCGGAAGCUGAAUCUGGAUCAUCAUCAUCAAAGACUCAAAGUAUCAUUUUUAAAGUUCGAUAAUUUCUGCUAGCCACUCCUCAAAAUGGCAGCUUCAGAAACAGUUCUACGGAUUCCAUUAGGAUCUUUAUCUCAAUCUUGUUACUUGGCUUCUUUCUUUGUUAACUCCACUCCAAACCUCUCCUUUAAACCCGUUAGCAGAGCUAAAAGGGGUUUAAGGUGUACAAACUCUCAUGACCUCUCGAGAGUAUCAACCUCGGCUGCUAGAGGAGAUUCAUUUCAUGGCUCAAACUGUGCUCUGAGAGGUAAAAAAUUGGUUUCCAAUAUAUGUAAAUGCCAAAAGCAUGAUGUUGAGGAGAGCAUCAGGUCCACGUUACUUCCUUCUGACGGUUUGAGCAGUGAAUUGAAAAGCGACUUGGAUGAAAAGCCUCUACCUGUUAAUGGAAGUGUUUCAUCUAAUGGUAAUGCACAGUCAGCUGGAACAAAAUCUAUCGAGGAUGAAGCAUGGGAUCUAUUGAGGCAGUCUGUUGUUUUCUAUUGUGGUAGUCCUAUUGGAACUAUUGCUGCUAAUGACCCCAACUCUACUAGUGUUCUGAAUUAUGAUCAGGUCUUCAUUCGUGAUUUCAUACCCUCAGGGAUUGCCUUUCUUCUUAAAGGAGAGUAUGAUAUUGUUCGCAAUUUCAUCCUUUACACCCUCCAAUUACAGAGUUGGGAGAAAACCAUGGAUUGCCAUAGCCCAGGUCAAGGUUUGAUGCCUGCUAGUUUCAAGGUGAAAACUGUUCCUCUUGAUGGUGAUGAUUCAAUGACUGAAGAAGUGUUAGAUCCUGAUUUUGGGGAGGCAGCUAUUGGACGUGUUGCCCCUGUUGAUUCUGGCUUGUGGUGGAUUAUAUUGUUGAGAGCAUAUGGAAAAUGCACGGGUGAUCUUUCCGUGCAGGAGAGAGUUGAUGUGCAGACUGGAAUUAAGAUGAUCUUAAAGCUAUGUCUUGCUGAUGGUUUUGAUAUGUUCCCUACUUUAUUAGUCACUGAUGGGUCUUGUAUGAUAGAUCGUCGAAUGGGAAUCCAUGGUCAUCCCCUGGAGAUUCAGGCACUCUUUUAUUCAGCUUUGGUAUGUGCACGUGAGAUGCUUACACCAGAGGAUGGCUCAGCUGAUCUAAUCCGAGCUCUCAACAAUCGUCUUGUUGCUUUAAAUUUCCACAUCAGGGAAUACUACUGGUUGGACCUGAAGAAAAUCAAUGAAAUAUACCGUUACCAGACAGAAGAAUACUCUUACGACGCGGUUAAUAAAUUCAACAUAUAUCCAGAUCAGAUCCCUUCAUGGUUAGUGGACUUUAUGCCCAACAGAGGAGGAUAUCUGAUAGGAAACCUUCAACCCGCUCACAUGGAUUUCAGAUUCUUUUCUCUGGGGAACCUUUGGUCUAUAGUGGGCAGUUUGGCUUCAAAUGAGCAGUCACAUGCAAUUCUUGAUUUCAUUGAAGCCAAAUGGGCAGAACUUGUAGCAGACAUGCCGUUCAAGAUUUGUUACCCUGCCAUGGAAGGUGAAGAAUGGCGAAUUAUAACCGGAAGUGAUCCAAAGAACACUCCUUGGUCUUAUCACAAUGGAGGUGCAUGGCCAACUUUGUUAUGGCAGCUGACAGUAGCUAGCAUCAAAAUGGGUAGACCAGAGAUUGCAGAAAAGGCGGUUGAGUUAGCCGAGAGACGGAUUGCUCAAGACAAAUGGCCCGAGUACUACGAUACCAAAAGAGCAAGAUUCAUCGGUAAACAGGCACGUCUAUACCAGACUUGGUCCAUUGCGGGUUACCUAGUGGCCAAGCUCCUCUUAGCUAAUCCAGCUGCAGCAAAGUUCCUCAUUAGUGAAGAGGAUUCGGAUUUGAGAAACGCGUUCUCUUGCAUGAUCAGCGCUAACCCGAGAAGGACAAGAGGACCCAAAAAGACUCAACAACCAUUUAUUGUAUGAGAAGCUCUGACUUAUUUUUUCAAAAGUGAGCCGUGGAGGCAUGGACCUUCAACAGAAACGAUACAAAAACGUGGAAUUGUUGUGUAAAUAGUCUCUCUUAGAUACUUACAUAAUAAUAUUAUGGUAUUUUAUCAUAUAUA